CAGGGUAACACCAAACUUAGCUAAAAAUUCAGGUCAGAAACACAGUGUUUCCUAGCAACACAUGGAUAGCAGUGUUUUUUUCCCCCUUUCUCACUGGAUCAUCCAGCGGCAGAAGUGGGAUCAUUUGAUGCUCAAGGCAAAGUGAAUAUUCUACACUCACAUUGAAGCUCUCUUGUAUGGUGUCCAAAUCAAUUCAAAAUUCGUAAGGAGCUUAACCAGCCGUUCCAGUGCCUGCCGUUGAUGUAACAGAGUCUGUGUCGGGUCGAGAUGCUUCCCCUCUUGGAGGCUGGCUGCUCUCUUAUACUUCAGAUGCUGGGAAGCUGAGGGUUCUGUUCUGAGAACAGAAGGCCCUGUGAAGAGCUGAAGCUGGGACAACGAGGCAUUGUUGACAACUGUGAGAACCAUAUUGUGGCUACAGGGCUAAUGGACUCUAAAAUGGGGGAAGCUGAAGGAUGCAGUGAAGAUUUUACAGGAAAGAAGAAGUCGAAGUUCAAAGCCUUUAAAAUCCGUCUGUUCGGUAAAAGAAAGAGGAAGGAGGGCGACACUUCUGCUUCGAAGGGUGGGCUGAAGCAGAGCCAGUCAGCUAGUGAUGUCAUGGCUCCAGAGUCCAUGGCAGUCAUUUCUGACUCUGAAGAUGAACUUGGGUGUCCCAAAGGUGUUCUGGGUUCAAGAGCUUUGUCCCAUGACAGCAUCUUCAUUCCUGAGGCCAUGCCCGAGUCCUCCAUACCAGCACGUGUGUUAUCCCAGGAAAAUGUGUCUGGGAAGAUAAAAGCUUUACAGUUAAAGCUGCAGCAGAACAUCAGACUUGGCCCACCUCCACUGGUGAUCCCUGGCAAAAGGACUGAGGACACGGGCGCCAGCUCCGAAGAUGAUGGACUGCCCAGGAGCCCUCCAGAAAUAUCUCCACUACACGAAAGCCUGGCACGUGGCAGCGCAGCACAGUUCAAUGACACUUACAGACAUCUUAGCUCUUUGAGUUUAGCUGGGACAGGCAGUGAAGACGAAGAGCAGGUCUCUUCACAACCAUCAUCCAGAGCUCUCUCUCCAGUCGCUAAAACCAACUACAGGGCUUCAAGCCCACUGUCACCCACUGUUCAGACCUCCAAUAGAUGCACCUCCCCUGUCGUGGACUUCAGCUCUCCUCCCGAGUUCUCCGCAUGUUUGGACAAUUCUGCUGCCAAACACCGUCUUUCAGUAAAACCAAGAAACCAGAGAGCUGGGGCCAAAGGAAGAAGACACCCCUCUAACAUACAAAGACCCCGUUCUGAAAGCCUGAAUAAGUUGGACUAUACCCUGUUAGAAAAAGAAGAGGAAGAAGAAAAUGAGCCACAAGAAAUAAUAAGAUGCUAUUCCUAUUCCAGCCAAGUGCCUAGGACAGGGAUUUUAACUGCUCUGCUCAAUAAAAAGCCCACAGUGGUCAAGGCAUCUGACACUCUAAUGGAACAGCAGACUGAGAAGAGUACAGAUCUAACAGAAAAGGAGAGUGCCAUUUGCUUGCUGCGUAAUUCUUCAAGUUCUGACAAUACCCAGGACUCUACCUUCACCAAGGCUUUAUUCCCAGACACACCGGAUUCCAGUACAACAUGUGAAUUGAAUCCUGUGACUGUGGAUGCUAAAGUUGAAACAAACUUCUUAAAACUUGAGACAGAUAAAACAGUACCGGUAAAACCUGUAAGCAUACAAAAAACACAGAGUAAGGAUUUGAUUAAAGAGAUCUUAAAUACAGGUGCAGGUGCACGUACUGCUACAUUACAAGUAAGAGAGGACACUGAGAAUUUCCAAAUACUAGAUACAAAUAUUGGUGAUAACACCUUAAGAGAUGUUCCCAAAUCAGAAGCAAGUAGUAUGUUGUGUUCUGUGAACAUCAGAGAAAGUAUAACCAGGUACACACAUGAUCUGUACAAGGUGGCACAAUCUGAAACCCACACUAAGGAGCUGCCUUCAGCUUCAUCAAGGACAGUUAAUAGCCUGCAUUCAAAAGACUCAAUGAAAAAUCCCAAAUUAUCUCCCUUGAAAACUAAACCACUGCCUGAGGAAUUGCCACAGAACAAGCAAUCUUCAGAACCUGCCAAAAAACCUAUUGAUAGUAUUCCAAUUGCUGAAAAAGAAGAACAAGUCAUUACAGUACCUGCCGACGUAGGUAGGGGGGCUGAUGUCAAACCCCUAGCUCAGCAGUCAUCAUUUAAGAAAAUGAAUGCUGGGUCUUUCCAGUUUUCCAUUUCGUCCGCCUGGGAUCGUCCAAGAAUGGGCAGCUUCACAGGCACAGAGCAAACAGAGAUUAAGACAGAUGAUUCUUUUCAGGGGAGUACAUCUUCCCAUCCCAAACCCAAUCCUGUUGUCAGGAUGGAGAAGGAAGAGACACCUCCUAAAGUAGCAAAGGAGUCUUGUGAAAUCACUAGCAAAAAGCCUGAGGACUCUGUCGUUGCUGCAGUAGGGAAAGACAGCCAAGGAGAGGAUAAUGAAGAGAAGUCUCCCUUUGGCAUUAAACUUCGCUCUACUUCGUUAUCCCUAAGAUACAGAGAGGGAUCUCAUCCUGACUUUAAUGUGAAACGUCACAGUGCGGAGGUAUGCACACUCAUGGACACAGGUGACUCCAUCGGGCUCCCUAAUGAUGGGAAAGCAGAUGACCCAAAUCCAUCAGAUGUCCUUGGUAGCUCUUUUAAAGACAAUGGGAAAAUCAAGGCCAAAUCUUCUGAGCAGCUCAAUGUAAAACCCCCCUUACUGAGGAAACCUAUGUUGCAAAGUGCUGGCACGACAGAUGUGUCUUCAGUCACAGCCAAGAGUGAAAAUACAGAAGAGGAAAGAUUGAGUUUUCAUAAAAACAGUGAAAAAGGAACUCCUACAAAGAGCAUGUCAGAGGUGACUAAAGAGACUGCAGCUGUGGCCAAGCCUGCAUGGAUUAACAUGGCCAGACUGAAACAAAGAGGAUACCAAGAGCAGCAUAAUAGUACGAGCAAAGAAGAAAAAUACCUGAUCCCAGAAGUGAAGACUGACAAAGUAAAACAAGGAGAGGCGAAGCAAGAAACAUUAAGGCCUCAAUCUGAAGUCUGGGUCGACAGAGUUCCUUCUCCCACCCAGAGAGCCGCACUGGAUCACAGGCAGGACGUCAAGAUGGAGUGGAAACAACCUCAGCCCACUCAAACCACUGCACUACCCACACCAGAAGGGGUUCCAUCAACAGUCAUACUAAUAAGCACAGAUAAAGAAGAAAAACCCCAACUGAGCAAGGACCUGCCGGUGCCUACUGCUGGAGCUGGUCAGCCACCAUGGAUGGAGCUUGCGAAGAAGAAGUCCCAGGCAUGGAAUGACAUAUCUAUGGAUUAAUAGAUCCACAUCCCCAGAAUUGUACCACCUAUUAUACAUGGCACAGAGAUGCACACUGCUGUAUCACAACGAUUUCAUUGGUGAACAGUUUAAUGUCAUGAGCAUGUGAAGAACUGAUUCCAUUGAAUGCUUCUUAGAGGUUGAAGUGUAAUAGUUUUGCUGUAUGUUAACCUUUUUUUUUAAUGUUCUCUAAAAAGAUGAAAACAAAGUAGGCCUCAUUGUUAAUGACACUCGUAAAAUUGUUUUUAUUAUUAUGCUUUGAUUUUUUUAUUUUUAUUUUUUCAUAAUUGAACCUGUGUAUUGUAAUUUAGUGGUCUAAAAUUAAAUGAAACCGCACAAAAUUGUAGAUGAAGAAAUAUUUUAAUCAGGAUUGUAUAUUAUAGUAGAAAUUAAAACAAAUAAUAUUGCUUCUUUCUGUGGGACAUCUCUGUUUAUAACACUGCCUUUAUUAUGUUCCAUCUCCGAUAGUUGUAGCACUUGCAGCUGCAUCAUAUUUUCCUUGUAAAAUAGUCCCAAUAGUCACAUAUAAGUUAGGGAAACUAGGACAAGUAAACAUGUUUGUCAUUAUUUUCAAGAGCAACGUCAAAUUACUUUUUUAAAACUUUCUUUACCUUUUUAUGAGUAGCGCAGAGAGACAUUACAGUGUUUUGAACUUUUUUGAAACUCCUGCAACUUAUCAAAGAGCCUCUAAUUUCUCUUGCAUGUCCCCAUUAUGAGUAGUGCAGAGUGACAUUACGGGUAGUUGAUAUAAAAUAGCGUCAUUGACCCCUCAGUGACUCUUAAAAUCCAUAACAAUCAGAUUAUGCCAGUUAUUGCAGUAUCUGAUCUAACAAGUACAAUGCAGACUGUACACUAAAUUGUACACAUAGUGUUAUGAUAGCACAAAUUAAAUUGACGUCUGAGAAUUCUCAAAUAAAUCCACAGUAAAAAUUCAGUCCAACUAAAUGAACACUAAUGCUAGCCAUACAGAUUCUCUAAACAGAUUGAGGAAGUGCAAGAGAAAUGUAAAGUUCAAGCCUAAAAGUUGCUGGGAUGUUUAUAUAUAUUUUAAAGCACUGUCCCAGGUCAUAGGAAUAAAAUCAAUAGAACUUGAUCAACGGCACUUCUCAGAUUGCAAAUAUCAUACAAAAACUGUACUAACUUUUCCAUAGCCAAGGUCUGUAGGUUUAUGUCUGCUGUAAUACAUAACAUAGUCAUUUUUAGAGAAAUGUAAAGUUGCACGACAGCCCCCCUGCCAGUCAGUAAUGUGGAAGGGUUACUUGGAUGUACCAGGGAGGGACAAGCCUAAACGGUCAAGGCUUUGCUAGCAUUUCAAUGUAUAUAUUGUUUGAAAAUCCAAAUACAGGUACAUAUGCCAAAAUGUCCUUCUUUCAGAUGUGGGAAUUCUAGACUGAAUUCAUUGAUGAAGAUAAUGAAAUAGCUAGGAAAUCAAUAUUGUAUCGUAGAUCUAAGCAUUAGGGGAGUCAAGUUACAGUGAUAUACCUCUCACAUAGCACAGAUUGCAAGUUCAAAAAAACUUAACAUAUUUUAGGGGAUUUUUUGUAUUACUUUUGAGGUUUAGGGUCAUCAUAUACUGGCCAAUAAAAUUAUUGAUUAAUAAUUGGGUUAAGAUAUGUUUUUGGGGAUUGGAAUAGUAUAGUAAAAUAAUACAUAUUACUUGGUAAUAUCUUAUAACAAUUGUUAUUACUAGUAAUUGUAACCCAGUUAAUGCUUUAAGUGUUAUGUAUUUGUAAAAUGAGUUUUGCCACAAACAUGAUUAUAAACAGUUUAGGGAUAUCAGCUAUCUAUUUAAAAAAAAUCUACUAUUAAUGGGUCAACAUGUUUACUUAAGCAGUUAGAAUGAUUAAAGAGUUCAUGACAGUUCCUCUUUUUUUUUUUUUAGUCAGGUAGCAGUCUACUUUCUUUACCACAAAUGCCUCACAAUUUACCGUCUCCUCCUACACCUUUGUAAUGUGGGGAUGUUACUUUAAAAAUGAAACACUGUGAAUGUUCUAAACAUGACAACAAAAAUAAUAUACUAUAAUAAUAACCAUUUUCACAUCUCA